AUGGCAGGGGAGGUUCAGUUGAUGAUGUCUGAAGCAUCAGAACAUCAGCCACGAAGGCCACUAAGGACGCGCCGUCGCAUUCAAGAACCGGGUUCCAGAGUCUCCACCGGGGAAGAUAUGGAGUUUGUUGUCCCUCAUAUAGACAACAAACUCCUUAUCCAGCUGGUGGAGGCGCAUCCCGCUUUAUGGGACCACACUGCCUGGGGGGCUCAGAAAGAAUAUGGUGCACAGAGCUCUACACCAGGGAUAGAUCCAAAUAAUAGUAUUACUGGUGAAUCCACUGCAACAUCCAUUGUUACAACACCACCCAGUUCAAGUGAGUCUACAAGUUCUACACCUGCAACCACAAGUGAAAACCUAAUAAUAACUUCAGAAACUUUGACUAUUACUCAACCAACCACAUCAGAAGAUACAAUUAGCACAACAUUCCAAACAAGUACAGAAACAAGCACUUCAGUAACAUCAACUACAAUCGAAUCUAUCACUAGUGAAACUACAGCUAAUCUACACACACUUGAUGUAACAUCAAAGACUUCAUCUGAAACUAACACUACAGAAACAAGUAAUUCAGAGACACAAUUUCCAACUGAGCCUAUCACUACUAAAUCUAUGAGUACUCAAUUUACCAAUGUUGAUUUAAACCCAACUUUCACUAGUACAACAUUACCAAGUACCUUAUCAACCCCUGAGACUACACCAAUAGUUGCAACAACCCAAUCUUUAAGUGACUCUCCAAACACUACAGUGUUAUCAAGUAAAGAAUCGAGCACAUCUGAAAAAUCUUUUGUAACUAUAUCUGUCACCGGUGAAUCUACAAGUACUCUAUCCACUAGUGAGACAACAGCAACAGUUGAAACAACCAAAUAUUUAACUGACACUCCAACUACAACAAUGGUACCAAGUACAGAAUCAAGCAUGUCUGAAACAUUGAUAACAACUACAUCUGUCAACAUUGAAACUACAAAUACCUUAACCACCAGUGAUAAAAUACCAACAGAUGCAACAACCAAAUCUUUAAGUGACUCUCCAACUACUACAAUGUUAUUAAGUACAGAAUCAAGCACAUCGGAAAGGUUGAUUACAACUACAUCUGUCACCAGUGAAUCUACAACUACCUUAUCCACCAGUGAGGCAACAGCAACAGUUGAAACAACCCAAUCUUCAACUGACACUCCAACUACAACAAUAGUACCAAGUACAGAAUCUAGCACGUCAGAAGCAUUGAUUACAUUUGUCACCAGUGAAUCCUCAACUGCUGUAUCAACCACUGAGACAGCAACACCAACAGUUGCAACAACCCAAUCUUUAAGUGACUCUGCAACUACUACAAUGUUAUCAAGUACAGAAUCGAGCACAUCUGAAACAUCAAUUGUAACUACAUCUGUCACCGGUAAAUCUAUAAGUUCCCCUUCAACCAGUGAGACAACAUUAAUAGUUGAAACAACCCAAUCUUUAACUGACACUCCAACUACAACAAUGGUACCAAGUACAGAAUCUAGCACGUCAGAAGCAUUGAUUACAUCUGUCACCAGUGAAUCCUCAACUGCUGUAUCAACCACUGAGACAGCAACACCAACAGUUGCAACAACCCAAUCUUUAAGUGACUCUGCAACUACUACAAUGUUAUUAAGUACAGAAUCAAGCACAUCGGAAACAUUGAUUGCAACUACAUCUGUCACCAGUGAAUCUACAACUAUCUUAUCCACCAGUGAGGCAACAGCAACAGUUGAAACAACCCAAUCUUCAACUGACACUCCAACUACAACAAAAGUACCAAGUACAGAAUCUAGCACGUCAGAAGCAUGGAUUACAUCUGUCACCAGUGAAUCCUCAACUGCUGUAUCAACCACUGAGACAGCAACACCAACAGUUGCAACAACCGAAUCUUUAAGUGACUCUCCAACUACUACAAUGGUACAAAGCACAGAAUUAAGCAUGUUAGAAUCAUCAAUUACCACUCCAUCUGUCACCAGUGACUCUACAAAUAACUUAUUAACCCCUGAGACAACACCAAUAGUUACAACAACCCAAUCUUUAAGUGACACUCCAACCACUACAGUGUUAUCAAGUACAGGAUCAAACAUAUCUGAAACAUUAAUUAUAACGACAUCUGCCACUGGUGAAUCUAAAAUUACCCUAUCAACCAGUGAGACAAUGCCAACAGUUGAAAAAACCCAAUUUUCAACUGACACUCCAACUACAACAAUGGUACCAAGUACAGAAUCAAGCACGUCUGAAACAUUGAUAACAACUACAUCUGUCAACAUUGAAACUACAAGUACCUUAACACCAAGUGAGACAACACCAACAGAUGCAACAACCGAAUCUUUAAGUGACUCUCCAACUACUAAAAUGUUAUUAAGUACAGAAUCGAGCACAUCUGAAAAAUCUUUUGUAACUACAUCUGUCACCGAUGAAUCUACAAGUACCCUAUCCACCAGUGAGACAACAACAACAAUUGAAACAACCCAAUCUUUAACUGACAAUCCAACUACCACAAUUUUACCAGGUACAGAAUCAAGCACGUUUGAAACAUUGAUAACAACUACAUCUGUCAACAUUGAAACUACAAGUACCUUAACCACCAGUGAGACAACUCCAAAAGAUGCAACAACCCAAUCUUUAAGUGACUCUGCAACUACUACAAUGUUAUCAAGUACAGAGUCGAGCACAUCUGAAACAUCAAUUGUAACUACAUCUGUCACCGGUGAAUCUAUAAGUUCCCCUUCAACCAGUGAGACAACACCAUUAGUUGAAACAACCCAAUCUUUAACUGACACUCCAACUACAACAAUGGUACCAAGUACAGAAUCAAGCACGUCUGAAACAUUGAUAACAACUACAUCUGUCAACAUUGAAACUACAAGUACUUUAAACUCCAGUGAGACAACACCAAAAGAUGCAACAACCGAAUCUUUAAGUGACUCUCCAACUACUACAAUGGUACAAAACACAGAAUUAAGCAUUUUAGAAUCAUCAAUUACCACUCCAUCUGUCACCAGUGACUCUACAAAUAACUUAUUAACCCCUGAGACAACACCAAUAGUUACAACAACCCAAUCUUUAAGUGACACUCCAACCACUACAGUUGAGACAAUGCCAACAGUUGAAAAAACACAAUUUUCAACUGACACUCCAACUACAAUAAUGGUACCAAGUACAGAAUCAAGCACAUCGGAAACAUUGAUUACAACUACAUCUGUCACCAGUGAAUCUACAACUAUCUUAUCCACCAGUGAGGCAACAGCAACAGUUGAAACAACCCAAUCUUCAACUGACACUCCAACUAUAACAAUAGUACCAAGUACAGAAUCUAGCACGUCAGAAGCAUGGAUUACAUCUGUCACCAGUGAAUCCUCAACUGCUGUAUCAACCACUGAGACAGCAACACCAACAGUUGCAACAACCCAAUCUUUAAGUGACUCUGCAACUACUACAAUGUUAUCAAGUACAGAAUCGAGCACAUCUGAAACAUCAAUUGCAACUACAUCUGUCACCGGUGAAUCUAUAAGUUCCCCUUCAACCAGUGAGACAACAUUAAUAGUUGAAACAACCCAAUUUUUAACUGACACUCCAACUACAACAAUGGUACCAAGUACAGAAUCUAGCACGUCAGAAGCAUUGAUUACAUCUGUCACCAGUGAAUCCUCAACUGCUGUAUCAACCACUGAGACAGCAACACCAACAGUUGCAACAACCCAAUCUUUAAGUGACUCUGCAACUACUACAAUGUUAUUAAGUACAGAAUCAAGCACAUCGGAAACAUUGAUUAAAACUACAUCUGUCACCAGUGAAUCUACAACUAUCUUAUCCACCAGUGAGGCAACAGCAACAGUUGAAACAAUCCAAUCUUCAACUGACACUCCAACUACAACAAUAGUACCAAGUACAGAAUCUAGCACGUCAGAAGCAUGGAUUACAUCUGUCACCAGUGAAUCCUCAACUGCUGUAUCAACCACUGAGACAGCAACACCAACAGUUGCAACAACCCAAUCUUUAAGUGACUCUGCAACUACUACAAUGUUAUCAAGUACAGAAUCGAGCACAUCUGAAACAUCAAUUGUAACUACAUCUGUCACCGUUGAAUCUAUAAGUUCCCCUUCAACCAGUGAGACAACAUUAAUAGUUGAAACAACCCAAUCUUUAACUGACACUCCAACUACAACAAUGGUACCAAGUACAGAAUCUAGCACGCCAGAAGUAUUGAUUACAUCUGUCACCAGUAAAUCCUCAACUGCUGUAUCAACCACUGAGACAGCAACACCAACAGUUGCAACAACCCCAUCUUUAAGUGACACUGCAACUACUGUAAUGUUAUCAAGUACAGAAUCGAGCACAUCUGAAACAUCAAUUUUAACUACAUCUGUCACCGGUGAAUCUAUAAGUUCCCCUUCAACCAGUGAAACAACCCAAUCUUUAACUGACAAGCCAACUAUAACAUCAGUACCAAGUACAGAAUUAAGCACGUCUGAAACAUUGAUAACAACUACAUCUGUCAACAUUGAAACUACAAGUACCUUAACCACGAGUGAGACAACUCCAACAGAUGCAACAACCGAAUCUUUAAGAGACUCUCCAACUACUACAAUGUUAUCAAGUACAGAAUCAAGCACAUCUGAAACAUCAAUUGUAACUACAUCUGUCACCGGUGAAUCCAUAAGUUCCCCUUCAACCAGUGAAACAACCCAAUCUUUAACUGACAAUCCAACUACAACAAUGGUACCAAGUACAGAAUCAAGCACGUCUGAAACAUUGAUAACAACUACAUCUGUCAACAUUGAAACUGCAAGUACCUUAACCACCAGUGAGACAACUCCAACAGAUGCAACAACCGAAUCUUUAAGUGACUCUCCAACUACUACAAUGUUAUUAAGUACAGAAUCAAGCACAUCGAAAACAUUGAUUACAACUACAUCUGUCACCAAUGAAUCUACAACUACCUUAUCCACCAGUGAGGCAACAGCAACAGUUGAAACAACCCAAUCUUCAACUGACACUCAAACUACAACAAUAGUACCAAGUACAGAAUCUAGCACGUCAGAAGCAUUGAUUACAUUUGUCACCAGUAAAUCCUCAACUGCUGUAUCAACCACUGAUACAGCAACACCAACAAUUGCAACAACCCAAUCUUUAAGUGACUCUCCAACUACUACAAUGUUAUCAAGUACAGAAUCGAGCACAUCUGAAACAUCAAUUUUAAGUACCGGUGAAUCUAUAAGUUCCCCUUCAACCAGUGAGACAACACCAUUAUUUGAAACAACCCAAUCUUUAACUGACACUCCAACUACAACAAUGGUACCAAGUACAGAAUCAAGCACGUCUGAAACAUUGAUAACAACUACAUCUGUCAACAUUGAAACUACAAAAUUAAGCAUGUCAGAAUCAUCAAUUACCACUCCAUCUGUCACCAGUGACUCUACAAAUAACUUAUUAACCCCUGAGACAACACCAAUAGUUACAACAACCCAAUCAUUAAGUGACACUCCAACCACUACAAUGUUAUCAAGUACAGAAUCAAACACAUCUGAAACAUUAAUUAUAACGACAUCUGCCACUGGUGAAUCUAAAAGUACCCUAUCAACCAGUGAGACAAUGCCAACAGUUGAAAAAACCAAAUCUUCAACUGACAAUCCAACUACAACAAUGGUACCAAGUACAGAAUCUAGCACGUCAGAAGCAUUGAUUACAUCUGUCACCAGUGAAUCCUCAACUGCUGUAUCAUCCACUGAGUCAGCAACACCAACAGUUGCAACAACCCAAUCUUUAAAUGACUCUCCAACUACUACAAUGUUAUUAAGUACAGAAUCAAGCACAUCUGAAACAUCAAUUGUAACUACAUCUGUCACCGGUGAAUCUAUACGUUCCCCUUCAACCAGUGAGACAACAUUAAUAGUUGGAACAACCCAAUCUUUGACUGACAAUCCAACUACAACAAUGGUACCAAGUACAGAAUCAAGCACGCUUGAUACAUUGAUAACAACUACAUCUGUCAACAUUGAAACUACAAGUACCUUAACCACCAGUGAGACAACACCAACAGUUGCAACAACUGAAUCUUUAAGUGACUCUCCAACUACUACAGUGUUAUCAAGUUCAGAAUCAAACACAUCUGAAACAUUAAUUAUAACGACAUCUCUCACUGGUGAAUCGUCAGCAGCUUCAAUUACAUCUGUCACUAGUGAAUCUACAACUACUCUAUCAACCAGUCAGAGAUCAACACCAACAGUUGCAACAACCCAAUCUUCAACUGACACUCCAACCUCUACAGUGAUACCAGGUACAGAAUCUAGCAUAUCAGUAGCUUCGAUUACAUCUGUCAGUAGUGAAUCUACAACUACUGCAUCAACUAGUGACACAUUAACACUAACAGUUGCAAUAACCCAAUCUUCAACUGACAAUCUAACUACAAUAAUGGUACCAAGUACAGAAUCAAGCACAUCUGAAACAUCAAUUGCAACUACAUCUGUCAACAUUGAAACUACAAGUACCUUAGCCACCAGUGAGACAACACCAACAGUUGCAACAACCGAAUCUUUAAGUGACUCUCCAACUACUACAAUGGUUCAAAUGACAGAUGUCACCCCUGAGACUACACCAAUAGUUGCAACAACCCAAUCUUUAAGUGACUCUCCAACCACUACAGUGCUAUCAAGUACAGAAUCGAGUACAUUAAUUAUACCUACAGCUUCAUCUGUCACCGCUGAAUCUAAAAGUACCUUAUCAACCAGUGAGAAAGCUCCAAGUAUAGAAUCUAGCACGUCAGAAGCAUCGAUUACAUCUGUCACCAGUGAAUCUUCAACUGCUGUAUCAACCAGUGACACAUCAGCAGCAACUACUGCAACAGACCAGUCUCCAACUGACACUCCAAUUACUACAAUGGUGCCAAGUACAGAAUCAAACACAUCUGAAACCUUGAUCGAAACGACAUCUUUUACCAGUGAUUCUGCAAGUACCCUAUCUACCAGUAAGACAACAACACCAACAACGAAGCAAUCUUUAAAUGGCUAUCCGACUAUAACAAUGUUGUCAAGUGCAGAAUCAAGCACAUCUGAACCAUCGAUAACAUCGAUCACUAGUGAAUCUACAACUACUGUAUCAAGCAGUGACACUUCAACACCAACAGUUGCAACAACCCAAUCUUCAAGUGACUCUCCAACUACUACAAUGUUAUCAAGCGUAGAAUCAAGCACAUCGGAAGCAUUGAUUACAGCUAUAUCUGUCACUAGUAAAUCUACAGGUACGUUAUCCACUAGUGAGACAAUAACAACAUUUGCAGCAACCAAAUCUUCAACUGACACUUUAACUACAACAAUGGUGGCAAGUACAGAAUCAAGCAGAUCAGAAGCAUCAAUUACAUCUGUCACCAGUGAAUCUACAAGCACACUAUCAACCAGUCAGACCACACCAACGGUUGAAACAACCCGAUCUUCAACUGACACUCCAACUACUACAAUGGUACCAAGUACACAAUCCAGCACGUUAGAAGAAUCUAUUACAUCUGUCAACAGUGAAUCAUCAACUACUGUAUCAAGUAGUGAGACAUUAACACCAACAGUUGCAACAAUGCAAUCUUUAAGUGACUCUCCAACUUCUACAAUGGUACCAAGUAAAGAAUCAAGCACGUCUGAAUCAUCGAUUACAACUGCAUCUGUUUUCAGUGACUCUAAAAAUACCUUAUCAAACACUGAGACAACAACACCAACAGUUGCAACAACUCGAUCUUCAACAGACAAUCCAGUUAGUACAAUAGUGUUAAAUAUAGAAUCAAUCACGUCAGAUGCAUCGAUUACAUCUGUCACCAGUGAUUCUACAAUUAAUUUAUCAACCAGUGACACAUCAACACCAACAGUUGCAAAAACCCAAACGUUAAGUGACUCUUCAACUGCUACCAUCGUACCAAGUACAGAAUCUAGCAAAUCAUUAGCAUCAAUUCCAACAUCUGUUACCAGUGAAUCUAUAACUACUGCAUCAACCAUCGAGACAACAACAUUAACAGUUGCAACAACCCAAUAUUUAAGUGACACUCCAACUACUACAAUGAUGCCAAGUACAGAAUCAAGCACAUCUGAAGCCUUGAUUGAAACUACAUCUUUUACCAGUGAUUCUGCAAGUACUCUAUCUACCAGUAAGACAACAUCACCAACAGUUACAACGGAGCAAUCUUUAAGUGACUAUCCAACUAUAACAAUGUUGUCAAGUGCAGAAUCAAGCACAUCUGAACCAUUGAUAACAUCGAGCACCAGUGUAUCUACAACUACUGUAUCAAGCACUGACACUUCAACACCAACAGUUGCAACAACCCAAUCUGCAAGUGACUCUCCAACUACUACGAUGUUAUCAAGCACAGAAUCAAGCGCAUCGGGAACAUUGAUUACAGCUAUAUCUGUCACUAGUAAAUCUACAGGUACGUUAUCCACUAGUGAGACAAUACCAACAUUUGCAACAGCCAAAUCUUUAACUGACACUUUAAAUACAACAAUGGUGGCAAGUACAGAAUCAAGCAGAUCAGAAGCAUCUAUUACAUCUGUCAGCAGUGAAUCUACAAAUACACUAUCAACCAGUCAGACCACACCAACAGUUGAAACAACCAGAUCUUUAAGUGACUCUCCAACUACUACAAUGGUACUAAGUACAGAAUUAAGCACAUCUGAAAUAUCGAAUACAACUGCAUCUGUGACCAGUACCAUCGGUGAGACAACACCAACAGUUGCAACAACCCAAUCUUCUACUGACACUCCAACUAUAACAAUGUUAUCAAGUACAGAAUCAGGUACAUCUGAAACAUUGAUUAUAACUACAUCUGUCACUAUUGAAUCUACAAGUACCAAUUCCACCAAUGAGGCAAAAUCAAUAGUUACUACAGCCCAAUCUUUAACGCACACUUCAACUUCUACAAUGAUACCAAGUACAGAAUUAAGCACAUCAAAAGCAUUGAAUAAAUCUGUCAUGAGUGAAUUUUCAACUAUUGUAUCAACCAGUGAGACAACACCAACAACUGCAAUAACCCAAUCUUUAAGUGACUCUCCAACUACUACAAUGGUACCAAGUACAGAAUCAACCACAUCUAAAUCAUUGAUUAUAACUGCAUCUGUCACCAGUGAAUCUACUAAUACCUUAUCAAACACUCAGACAACACUAACAGUUCCAACAACCCAAUCUUUAAGUGACACUCUAACGACUACAAUUGAACCAAGUAUAGAAUCAAGUACUUCUGAAUCAUUGAUUACUACAUCAUCUGUAAUCGGUAAAUCUACUAGUACCUUAUCCACCAGUGAGAAAACGCCAACUGUUGCAACAACCCAAUCUUUAACAGACACUUCAACUACUACAAUGAUAUCAAGCUUGCCUAAAACAUCGAUAACAACUGCAUCUGUCACCAGUGAAUCUACAAGUACUCUAUCCAUCAGUGAGACAUUACCAACAACUGCAACAACCCAAUAUUCAAUUGAGAAUCCAACUACUACAGUGAUACCAAGUACAAAAUCAAGCACGUCAAAAGCAUUGAUUACAACGUCUGUACCCAGUGAAUCUACAAAUACUGUAUCAAAUAGUGACACAUCAACACCAACAGUUGCAAUAGCCCAAUCUCUUACUGACACUCCAACUGCUACAAUGAUACCAAGUACCGAAUCAAUCUCGUCUAAAACACUGAUUACAUCUACAUUUUUCACCAGUGAAAAUACAAGUAACCUAUCUACCAGUGAGACAACACCAACAGUUGCAACAACCCAAACUUCAAAACACACUUCAAAAACUACAAUGAUACCAAAUACAGAGUCAAGCAUGUCACUAGCAUUGAUUACAACAUCUGUCACCAGUGACUCUGCAACUACUGUAUCAACCAGUGACACAUCAACACCAACAGUUGCAAUAACCCAAUCUUCAAAUGACACUCCAACUACUACAAUGAUACCAAGUACAGAAUCAAGCACACUAGCAACGUCGACUACGACUGCAAUGGUCACCAGUCAAUCUUCAACUGAUCUAUCUACUAAUGAGAUAACAACACCAACAGUUGCAACAAUCCAAUCCUUCACAAACAGUCCAACUACUUCAAUGAUAUCAAGUGCAGAAUCAAGCAGGGCAGCACCAUCCACUGCAACUACAUCUCUCACCAGUCAAUCUAAAACCAGUCUAUCAACCAGUCAGACAACACCUACAUAUUUGACGACACAAACUUUAACUGAGUCUCCAACUACUACAGUGAUACCAAGUACAGAAUCAAACACAUCAGCAAGAUCAAUUAGAACAUCUGUUACCAGUGAAUUAGCAGCUACUCUAUCCGCUAAGGAUGCAACAACACCAAGAGUUGCAACAACCCAAUCUUCAACUGACACCUCAACUACUACAAUAUUACCAAGUACAAAAUUUAGUACAUCAGCAACAUCGAUUACAGCUACAUCUGUCACCAGUGAGUCUACAUCUACAGUAUUCACCAAUGAAAAAACAAUAUCAACAGUUGCAACAACCCAAUCUUCAAGUCAUACUUCAACUACUACAGUUUUACCAAGUACAGAAUCAAGUACGUCGGAAGUAUUAAUUACAACUACAUCUGUCACCGGUGACUAUACAACUACUCUUUCCAGCACCGGAACAAUAAAACCAAUGGUUGCAACAUCCCAAUCUUUAACAAACACUUCAACUACAAAAAUGUUACCAAGUGAAGAAUCAAGAACAGUGAGUACCACUUCAUCUUUCACCAGUGAGAUUUCUAACACCACAGAUUCUACUUUUAGUGGAAUCAUUAUGUCUGCAAUAGUACCUGGUACCAUUAAUACCACAAGCAUGGCUACUAGUCAACUAUCAACUGCUUCAGGGACUGUUAGCAGUACUACUAACACACCAGGAGUGAGUCAUAUGGGCACUGGUACUUUAUCAGACUUAACUGCUAAUACAGUUAAUAAUACUGCCACAUCUGGAUCCGGUACUUCCAUUACUCUGACUGCAAUCUCUACUUUUAGUGAAAAUGCUGUUUCUAACACCACAGGUUCUACUGCCAGUGGAUACUCAGUUCUUGCAUCUUCAACAGCACCUGGUACAAUUAAUGCCAGUCCCAUGGCUAAUAGUGAAUCAACUGUUUCACAGACCGUCAUAUCUGGAUCAAGUAUUUCUAUAACUCCUACCGCAAGCUCUAGUUUUACGGAAAGUAAUGUUUCUAACACUAUUGGUCCUUCUGUUGGAAAUAUAGGUAUAACAUCUACAACAGUGCCUGGUACCAUUAAUACCAGUAGGAUGACUACUAGUCAAUCAACUGUUUUAGUUACUGUUGGCAGUACUACUAACACACCAGAAGUGAUUACUGGUACUUCAUCAAAUGUAACUGCUACCUCAAUAAAUAAUACCUCCAUAACUAGAUCUAGAACUUUUGUGAAUACUGGAACCUCUAGUUCUAUAGUUGUAGCCUUUACUGAAUCCAAAGCGAUCACAAAUUCGACUACCUCUGGGACAAAUGUAAACAAUAAUAACAUUACUGCUAAUUCCGGAUCAAGCACAGUCAUUAGCAAUUCAGCGACUACAAGGUUUAAUCCCGCACCAAGCACAGCCACAUCAAGUACAAGCUCGUCUGCUCCAGUCUCCACUCAGAAUGGAGGAACAUCGACCCUUAGUUCUGUCACCUCCACCCAAACAACCUCAGACCAAUUUGCAGUUACAUACUGGCAAAUCAUUCUGUUUUCACUGAUCGCUGUCUUGGGUGUUGUGUUACUUGUAGGAUUAUUAUGUGGGAUACUGGCUUGUUUUCGUUCUGCUUCCACAUAUGCUGUAAGAAGUUACCCAAGUUAUUUCACACAUUACAGUUGGCGCAACACUGUGAUAGACCUGGAAACAGGAACAGAACUGACAGAACAUCAUAGAUGGCCACCAGCUUCAAGAGGAGAACGUUACCAACAAUUCAAAGAAUCCCAAAGAGGGCAGCGUCAAAAGUAG